GCCGCGUCUGUCCGCUUUGUCGCUAUGAGAUGCUGCCAGAGCAAGAACAGUAGGGCGUAUUGUGCAGUGGUUGCAGGGUAGCCGCUUGUGUCCGCUUUAUCGCUAUGAGAUGCCGCCAGAACAGAAACGUUACUUUGGGACAGUUUUCAAAAAUGGCUGAGGCUGAAAAUGACCCAAAGCAUUUAUUAUGUGAUGAUGCCAUUGGAAAAGUACCAGAUGAAGUACUUCAAACGAUAUUAGAUAAAGUAUCAGUAAUUGACGCAGUGAGUACCGGAUUUUUGUCACGAAGAUGGAGAGAUUUAUGGAAGCACAUUUCCAUCAUAGAAUUUAAUCCAUCAUGGGUUGAGUUGACAGGAAAAGAGAUAGUUGCAUCCCUUAAUCAGUUUGUCAGCCUUCAUAUAGGUCAUAAAAUUCAAAAAUUCUCUGUAAGGUUCACAUAUAAGCCUGAAAUGUCAACAAAUGUUGAUUCAUGGAUCCUAUUUGCAAUUAACAAGCAUGUUGAAGAUUUAGAUCUUGACUUUGAUGUGGCUGAUACUCACAUCAUAAAGAAUACAGCUAAUGCUCCUUGCUACAAGUUACUUCCUUGUGUUUUCAACAGCAAAUCAUUGGUUAGAGCAGUACUGUGUUUCUGUGCUCUGGAGCUGCCAGUGUCAUUUCGGCUUCAGUCUCUUAAAGUAUUGCGUUUACACAGGAUAGAAUUACCUCAUGAUGCAAUCCAAAUGGUCACUUCAAAUGCUCCAGUCCUCCAGCAACUCUUCUUGAGUGAUUGCAACAGGACUAAAGAUCUGCGAGUUCAUGUUGCACCAAAUCCACGUUUUUGUAAUUUGGUGAUCAUCGAAAACUUUUUUCCUGUCAACCAUACAACUCAAAUGGAUAUCAAGGCUCCUACUGCCUUCCAAGUGGCAUUUAUGGGUUCCAUGCCAAGGUCAAAGUACAGAAUAGAGGAAGUAUCAGAAUGUGUGAAGGUCCAUUUCAAUCUUCAGGGAAUGUUUACUGCUUGUGGAAGAUAUGCAAUAAAUGUCUUGGCUAAUGAAUUUAAGGCUCGAAAAUAUGAAAAUGCACUGCUUGAAUUUCUCACAGGUUUUCGAGACACAGACACUUUUCACAUGUGCAAUUGGUGUAUCCAGCUUCUUUCUCUGCGAGAGCUAAGAAAUUUAAAGAGACUAAGAUUCAAUUGCACUGUUUUGGAAAUAACCAGUGCUUUCCACAAAUGGGAGCUGCCAGGAAUUAUUUACAUGUUAAAAGCCUGCCAUAAGAUUGAGGAGUUAAUAAUACUAAUGUCUCCCAGAGAUGACGAGAUAAAGAUUCCAGAAGAUUAUUUAUUGGAAUAUGAUUUCCAAGAAAGCAAAUUCCUAGAUAUCCAAGAUUUAGGACAAGAAUUGGAGAACCUGAGAACUGUACGGUUCAAAUCAUGUCACGGAGAUUACCAGACAUGGAGGAAUGAAUAUUUUGAUCUGAAAAAAUUCUUCCAUGGGGCCAAGCUGGGAAUAGAGAUCACAAAACUUCUAAGAGAUCAUGCAGUGAAUCUAGAGAGCAUUAUAUUUUCCACCAAAAAGCAACAUAUUGAAAUUUUCUUUGAAGAUGAAGAUGAAAAUGAUGAAGAAGAAGAAGAAGAAGAAGAAGCAUCACCCCCAAACAGGCGGAAGAUCAAAAUUUGCUUGGACUAAUAAUAAUAAGAACAACAGCAACAGAAUUGCCAUUAGUGGUGAUCAUUGUUCUAGUGGCAGUUGUUACCAAGGACAAGGUUUGGUUUUAAUUAUGUUAUCAUUGUUGUUGUUCUAGUUGUUGCUUGCUGCUGUUGCUGUUCAUGAUGCUUGAAUAUCAUGACAUCAGGACGUGGUUUGAUGUUAAGUCUUUCAAUUCAGUCUAGCGUCUGCUCCUAUUGACAUGGGUUUCCCAUGGGUACUACUUAUAAAAUAAUUUGGAGUUUCAGUGCAAUGUUAUCUAAUUAUGUAUCCUCCUUGUUUAAAUAUUUAAUAUGUAUAAUGUUUUCUCUACUGAUGUUUGUUGCACAAGAACACUUAAAGCAACAAUAUACGCAUUCAGACAAAUCCACUGUUAGUUCUGCUGUUUUCCCUUCAAUGCCCAGGGUUUCACCAACUAAUUAGGAUAAAAUUGAAUCAAGAAUAUGUUCAAUUGAGAUGAUGUUUCCUCAGAUUCAAGCUUUAUCAGACACUAAAAUAUGGAAUUCCAGUAUAUGAACACAACGAGCAAACAUAAACAGAUAAUUCAAUUUUCAACCAUUGAACUAACAAGUCCAAACGAAACAAAUGAUAAUUACUACUAACUGUAAAUUA